UUGAGUCUUUCUCGCUCAGCUGUGAUGCUGACGCCGUUAAAGCCGCUCCCGGGACGGUUCCGACCCGCUGGCGAGGAUCAGGAUUCUGACUUGGGUCACCGAAGCUAAAGAAAAGCCUGUUAGCCUGUAUGCUAACAGCUAGCGGCAGCGCGACAGCUGCUUUACGGCAAACAGCUGAUCAGACCGGAAGUGACCGAGACAGAAAGUGCGCAUCAGAAAAUCCGCGAGGCUCCGAGUGAUAGGUACCUGAUCAAUAACUGAUCCAGUGCACGUAUUCGAUCAGAGAUGAGCUGCGCAGGCGCAGAACUAAGGAUUCUGUUCAGUCCGGGGCGCGUGCAGCUUGUUCAGGAGGAGUUGCUGGUGGGGGCGCCACGCGUCCUGGUUACCGGGGCGACAGGCCUCCUUGGGCGAGCGGUGUGCCGAGAGUUUCACAGCGCCGGAUGGACCGUCAUCGGGACGGGAUACAGGAGAGCCAGGCCCCGCCUUCUGCGCUGUGACCUCACAGACGAGGACGCCGUCAGAGGACUGCUGCACGAAUACAAGCCUGAUGCGAUCGUCCACUGUGCGGCCGAGAGGCGUCCAGAUGUUAUGGAGAGACACACGGAAGCAGCUGUUAAUCUGAACGUGCACGCCACGAGCACACUCGCCAAGGAGGCAGCCACCUGCGGGGCGCUCUUCCUCUACAUCAGCACCGACUACGUGUUUGAUGGCAGGAAUCCUCCGUACGGAGAGGACGACAGUCCAAACCCACUCAACGUUUAUGGGCGGAGCAAACUGGAGGGGGAGAGGGAGACGCUGCGCCACUGUCCAGGUGCGGUGGUACUGCGGGUGCCCGUUCUGUUUGGGGAGGUGGAGUCGGUGACGGAGAGCGUGGUGACGUCGUUGUACCUGAAGGUUCAGGAGGCGUCAGAGGAGAGCUGCACGCUGGAUCACGUCUUGCAGAGAUUCCCCACUGACGCCCGAGACGUCGCUGCCGUCUGCAGGAAGCUGUCUGAGAGAGCACGACAGGACCCGUCCAUCAGAGGAAUCUUUCACUUCUCUGGGAAAGAGCAGAUGACCAAAUAUGAAAUGGCGGUCGCCAUCGCUCAGGCCUUCAACCUGCCGUCCAGCCACCUCAUACCUCUGACCGAGCAGCCGGCGGCGUCGGCUCUUCGUCCAAUCAACAGUCAGUUAAACUGUUCUCGUCUGGAGCUGCUGAACCUGAGCGUGGAACCGCGACCUUUCACCUCUGCCAUUAUCGACUGUCUGUGGCCGUUCACGCCCGACAAACGCUGGAGACAGACCGUCUUCCACUGAGACGGCCGGAUUAGCAGCGGGCCGGAUGUACAGAUUAUUUAGUCUUUGUGCCCCAAGUCCUGUCUGCAAGCUCUACACUGCUGAUAGUAUUACCAGGUUAUAGUCCUGUACCAGAUUAUACUCGAAACAUUACCAUUUAAUUCUCGGAACAUUACUAGAUUAUACUCUGAACAUUACCAGAUUAUACUCGGAACGUUACCAUUUAAUACUCUGAACAUUACCAGAUUAUACUCAAAACAUUACCAUUUAAUACUUGGGACAUUACCAGAUUAUACUCGGAAUAUUACCAGAUUAUACUCAAAACAUUACCAUUUAAUACUCGGGACAUUACCAGAUUAUACUCGGAAUAUUACCAGAUUAUACUCGGAACGUUACCGGAUUAUACUCGAAACAUUACCAUUUAAUACUCGGGACAUUACCAGAUUAUACUCGGAAUAUUACCAGAUUAUACUCAAAACAUUACCAUUUAAUACUCGGGACAUUACCAGAUUAUACUCGGAAUAUUACCAGAUUAUACUCAAAACAUUACCAUUUAAUACUCGGGACAUUACCAGAUUAUACUCGGAAUAUUACCAAAACACACUUGGAAUAUUACCAGAUUACAGUCAGAAUAAUGUUCAGGGUUGAGUGUUGUUAAUCCCUAAUUGUUCAUGUUUUGUGUCACUGUUUCCAUGGAUUCACUUUAUAUCAGUGUGAACAAACUGAGCGUGCUCUGUAAGAUUCACACUACACUUCAGUGUGUUCUGACAACAAAAUGUUACAUAUUAUAUCACUACCUCCAAUCUUCAGUCUAAUCUGGACCUUAUUGGGUUAGUCCGGACUCUGUUAGGUUAAUCUGGACUCUUUUAGUUUAAUCUGGACUCUUUUAGUUUAAUCUGGACUUUAUUAGGUUGAUCUGGACUCUGUUAAUCUUAGUGCUUAUCUGGAUUUUGUUAGUUUAAUCUGGACUCCUUUAGUUUAAUCUGGAUUUUGUUAGUUUAAUCUGGACUCCUUUAGUUUAAUCUGGACUCUGUUAAUUUUAGCGUUUAGUUUAAUCUGGUCUCUGUUAGUUUAAUCUGGACUCCUUUAGUUUAAUCUGGACUCCUUUAGUUUAAUCAGGAUUUUGUUAGAUUAAUCUGGACUCAUAUAGUUUAAUCUGGAUUUUGUUAGUUUAAUCUGGACUUCUUUAGUUUAAUCUGGACUCUGUUAGUUUAAUCUGGACUCUGUUAGUUUAAUCUGGAUUUUGUUAGGUUAAUCUGGACUCCUUUAGUUUAAUCUGGACUCUUUUAGUUUAAUCUGGACUCUGUUAGUUUAAUCUGGACUCUGUUAGUUUAAUCUGGACUCUGUUAGUUUAAUCUGGAUUUUGUUAGGUUAAUCUGGACUCCUUUACUUUAAUCUGGACUCUGUUAAUCUUAGCGCUUAGUUUAUUCUGGUCUCUGUUAGUUUAAUCUGGACUCUUUUUUUGCUCUAUGUAUGGGACCUGAAUAAAUACCGGUGAUUUUAUGUUUGAAGUUCAGGUUUAAUCAGGAAGUUUGAAGUCGAUCCCAGAUUAAAUCCGACUCUGUAAAUGUCCUGCUGAGGAAAAGCCUGCCGGCUGCAGGACUCACUGUGAUGUGUGUGUUUCUGCUGUAAACGACACCUCAACAUUAAAUACGUGAAACUGUCAA